AAAAAUUAAGACACACAACUAUUUGUUAUAUAUAUAUAUUGACAAAUGUAGUGUUCUCAAUUAUUUUUUCUACACCACGAUAGAGAAGCUUCUUCUUGUACACAUUGCCAACAUUGGCCUGCUGGGUUUGGGGGAGUUGACUCGCGUUACUGCCAUAGACAAGGGAAGAAUUUAAGAAUUGAGACGAGUCGGCGAAGAAAAUUUGAUCAAAAAUGGGGGAAGUGAUGGGUGCAUUGGUAAACAUUUGGAUCAUGGGGUGUCUCUGUUUGACUGGCGUUGGCGCAUUGUCCUCAGAUCCCCAACUCGGAUCGGCUCGGGUCGUUUUUCAGACAAAUUAUGGGGAUAUUGAGUUUGGUUUCUUCCCUGGUGUCGCACCUCGAACCGUUGAGCACAUUUUUAAACUUGUUCGCUUGGGAUGUUAUAAUACCAAUCACUUCUUCCGGGUUGAUAAGGGCUUUGUUGCCCAAGUGGCAGAUGUUGUAGGUGGAAGAACAGCACCUAUGAAUGAAGAGCAGAGGAUGGAAGCUGAAAAGACUGUUGUUGGUGAAUUUAGUGAUGUCAAACAUGUUCGAGGUAUUCUUUCCAUGGGGAGGUAUGAUGAUCCGGACAGUGCAUCAUCCUCAUUUUCAAUACUUUUGGGCAAUGCUCCUCAUCUUGAUGGUCAGUAUGCAAUAUUUGGAAGAGUUACUAAAGGUGAUGAGACGUUGAGAAUGCUUGAGGAGGUCCCCACUCGUCGUGAGGGGAUAUUUGUUAUGCCAACUGAGCGCAUCUCUAUUCUGUCAACAUAUUUCUAUGAUACCGAGAUGGAGACUUGUGAAAGGGAGAGGUCAGUACUGAAAAGGAGGCUUGCUGCAUCUGCUGUUGAAAUUGAAAGACAGAGAAUGAAAUGCUUCCCGUGAUUGAGUAGCUAGAACUGGAUCAAUGAGAAUAAAGUAUAAUACUACUAAGGUACCCUUGCAUUAAAUCACCAAGGGCCAUCAUGGGCAAUCUCUUCAAUGCUGUUUUUAGCGUGGGAUUAAAGUUGCAUGUGAUACCAGUCUUCUCAAGAGUUAUUUACAGGCAGGUUUGUCAUAAAGAGAUGGAUUUUUGGAUUUAAGACCAAGUUGGUGUUAAAUGGAUAGGGCCAUAGGUCCACAGAACUGAAAACCAUUUGAAUUACCAUAAAUUUUUUUUUUUUCCCCUCAAA